GAGGCGACACGCAGAGGGAGGGAGACGCUCCUCCGAGGAGGGGGGGGCGAGAGCGGACGGGCGCCCCACCCGCCAACCCACCGACCAUGAGGCCGGCGGCCUGGGCCGGGGACGCGGCUGCGAGCGGGACGGAGGCGGCGCCCUGAGAAGCGGCCUGGCCAGGCAGGCGGAGGGAGACGCAGGAAGGCCCAGCCGAGCCAUGGACAACCAGUGCACAGUCCAGGUGAAGUUGGAGCUGGGGCAUCGGGCCCAGCUGCGAAAGAAGCCCACUACUGAGGGCUUCACCCACGACUGGAUGGUCUUUGUGCGUGGCCCGGAGCAGUUUGAGAUCCAGCACUUUGUGGAGAGAGUGGUCUUUCGGCUACAUCAGAGCUUCCCCAAACCAAAACGUGUCUGCAAGGAGCCCCCGUACAAAGUGGAGGAGUCUGGCUAUGCUGGCUUUAUCAUGCCCAUUGAAGUUCACUUCAAAAACAAGGAGGAACCCAAGAGAGUUUCCUUCACCUAUGAUCUCUUCCUGAACCUGGAGGGGAACCCGCCUGUCAACCACCUGCGCUGCGAGAAACUGACUUUCAACAACCCGACAAAGGAAUUCCGACACAAACUGAUCAAGGCUGGAGGAGUCAUGGUAAUGCCUGAAGGUGCAGAAACUGUAUCCCGGCCCAGUCCUGACUACCCCAUGCUACCCACAAUACCGCUGUCAGCUUUCUCUGAUCCCAAGAAGACCAAACAGUCCCAUAGAUCAAAGGAGGCCGGCAAAGAUGGGAGCAAAGCUUCCAAGCCACACAAAGUGACCCGGGAACAUCGUGAGAGGCCCAGGAAGGACUCAGAGAGCAAAACCUCUUCCAAAGACCUCGAGAGGGAGCCCGGCAAGCCCUUGAAGGACUCCUCAAGGAAAAUGGCCGAGAACAAGGCACCGAAGGAGGAGAAGCCCCUCCCCAAAGCGGCCUUCAAGGAACCCAAGCUGGCCCUGAAGGAGCCCAAGAUGGAAAAUGCCUCUCCCAAGGGGGGCCCCCCACAGACGGAGCUCAAGCCUUCCAGCAAGAGGCCCUCAGCAGUGGAGUCGCCCAAGCCUAGUGCCAAAAAGCCUAAGAAGAGCAGUUCCAAAGGGGCCAAGACCGUCCCAGCCACCUCGCCCCGCACCUCGUCGUAUGCCGAGAAGAGGCCGCCCAAGGAGAAGCCCAGCGCCAAAGUGGAGAAGGUGAAGGCGGAGAGUGAGACCAAGGCCAUCAAGAAGCCUGUGGAGGUGGCAGCGGCUGUGACGGUGGUCGCGGAGGAAUCCAAUUCAGAGGAUGACGCUUCUCUGAAAUCGGAGUCUGCUGCGUCCAGCCCUUCGAAUUCCAGCUCCGGCUCGGACUCCAGCUCUGACUCUGAUUUCGAGCCCUCUCAGAACCACAGCCAAGGGCCGCUGCGUUCCAUGGUGGAAGACCUUCAGUCGGAAGAAUCAGAUGACGACGACAGCUCUUCCGGCGAAGAGACGACCCUUAAGGCGACCUCUGUCAGCAGAGACGCCAGGCUCAGCCACAGUGAUAGCGACAGUGACAACAGCGCAGAUUCCUGCUUGCCAAGCCGUGAACCUCCUCCCAGUCAGAAAAUCCCCCCCUCGAGCAAUAAGGUUUCUGGGAGAAAGAGUCCGGAGUCCUGCAACAAACCAGAAAAGAUCCUCAAGAAAGGGACCUACGACAAGGCGUACACCGAUGAGUUAGUGGAGCUUCACCGGAGGCUGAUGGCGCUACGAGAACGGAACGUACUACAGCAGAUUGUGAACCUCAUUGAGGAGACAGGGCACUUCAACGUCACUAACACAACCUUUGACUUUGACCUCUUCUCCUUGGAUGAGACAACGGUCCGCAAGCUGCAGAGUUACCUGGAAGCCGUGGCCACGUGACCCGUGGCCUCCUGAAUUCAGUGGGACGCUUUUUGGAAACCAGACUCCCCGUCUCUUUGGUACCAGGAAACAGACCCAUGGGCCUCGGUUGCCGCCUUAUCCUCCUCGAUUCACCUGAAGCACUGCCUUAGAGAACAGCCACGCUCUAGGAACCCGCUGCGCUUUCUUUUCGAGCUUCAGCCGAGUGCCUGCCGCCACUGCCGCCCAGCCUAUGCUCCUUCGCUUCGGCAGCUCACUUGGGCCUGAUAGAAUAAGCCGCGUUGGUCUUAAGUUGUGCCAUGGUGCGCUCGUCCCUCCUUCCAGCUUUUUUUAUUUUAGAAAGAGAUUCCAUGUAUGUGUGUAUUUGUCUUUCAAGAAUGCACUUUCGAGGCUGCCUCUUAAGCUCAGAGUCAAGCUGAGCUGUCUUGUUUCCGCUAAACCUACGGACUGUUAAAAGAUGCCUGCAGCGUUUUGAGGUUUAUCCCUUCACACCUGCAGGUCACAUAGAGAGAUGUUCCCAUUGAAACAAGGCAGGCAUCUGCAUCUGAUUGGCCAUGGUUUUGACGUGUAGCAGAGAACCAUCGGAUUUGUACAGUGUUCUUGAACCUUUGUGGGGAGGAGGCAGGGCGCUACAGUCCAGACUCCUCCGGCAAGUGGACUUCUAAAAUUUGCUCUUGCUCGUGAAGAUAGCAGCCAAUAGCUUGCAACCUGCCAUCCUUGCUUGCGUUAGAUGCAGCGCUGGAUCUGGUCCCCUCAAAGGAGAGCCUCCCCCUUCUGCACCCCAUUUUUUGAUAUGCUUUAACUGUAAGGACUAUGUUCAUUGUAUGCUAUUUUAUAUAUAUAUAUAUAUUAUAUAUAUGUACGGUGUAAAAAGGGCCUAAUUUGGGUCUUAACAGCUUCAAGGGGUUAUGUAAAGGUUGGGAAGAAGGGUUCAGUCUUUUUAAAAGGAGGGCAAGGUUUGACCUGUUUGUUAAAAUGCCUCUGAGUGGGACAGUUUCUAGCAUCUGGAAGCCAAGCAGGUAUGUAUGAAGCCUUCUGUUCUGCUCUGAAAGGAGCUGAUCUGUCUCGCUUUAUUUUUUUCCCAACCAUCAGUGUUCGCAAAUCUUUUUUGCCAAAAUGCAUCGGUCCUUGUUCCUCUUCUUUGUUUUUAGAAAAAGAGAGAGAAGCUUUGAGCUGUCUCCUAGCAGCUACAGGUGUGGGCGAGGGGAGGGGGGAGAAAGUUGGCAAACCCAGUUAGGCUACAUCUGUAUGUGUCUCUGUCAUGGAUUCCUACAACACAAAUACCUUGCAGGGGGCAGUUUCCUAAGAUAAUUGAAAGGAUACCAUUGGUAAGAGAUGGAAAACACUAAAUGGAAUAUUUGUUGAUAUUCUGUGCUUGACUGGUGUGAGGGGGGGGGGGAUGUGUAGCAGAUGUUCCUGCAAAGCUGGUUGCAAGUGUGUUGGGGACCCCUUUGGAUCAGUUUUCGUAGACUUAGAGAUGGUAACUUGUUUCCCAACAAGAAGUCUUAAAACUUUUGCCAAAUGUGGAUGUGGCUGCUGGCCGAGGAGGUGUUAGACAAGAGACUUUAUCUGGUUUUGUGCUUUUUAUAGAAUUCCUUGUUAGUGGGGUUUCCUGGUUCAACUUUUAAAAAAAUAGGAAAGCUUACUUCCUUCAUCUGCAUUUUAUCCAUCUUUUUUUUAAAAAAAAUCAUGCAAGUGUUGACAGCUGAAGAGACUGAAAUGGCAAUAAGCUGAUGUGGGGUAGGUCGAAUACCCGCAGAACUUUUUCUUUGUUUGUCCGUGUGCCCAUUGUGCUUUGAUUCUGAAAAAAACACCACAGUCCCGGUGGCGUCCGGUUCCACGACGCUGACGAGAUUGUGCCUCCACUCCAAACCUUGGAAACUCCAGCAAAGUCAGCAGAAGUGCUUGUAGUGCUGUUGGAUGCUGCAUUGCCGGUUCGGGGUGUUACCAGCCUGAAUGCUGGGAGGUUCGUUGGACUUGUGUUGUUGUUUGGGGGUUGGCAGGUGAUGCUGGUUAUUACUAUGAGAGGAGGCCCACUUUCAACGCCAGGCACACGUUUUUUGAACAGUGACCAAAUCCCCUCUAAAGAAGACACACUAAAUUAUUUCCUUCCAAAGCAAGAGUGAAUGGAUAUCCUCUUCGCUUGAGUAGCCCUGACCAGAUUUCACGUGCCAGUGUCUCUCCGCUCAAGUGUGUUCGCCCCAAAAGCUGGGUAAGUCAUCUCUGCAGGAGUCUAAGACUCUCUUACUCUUGUGGGAUGGUGUCCCUGUGUUAGCUGCACUUCUGCGGGGAGGGGCAAAGGGGGGGGAGCCUUGGCUGGCUUCCCAUCCUGAAAUCUUGUAUUCCUUGGGAAUAUUUCAAGGUUUCCUCUUUCAUGGGGUGGGGGGGUGGGGAUUUCUUCAUUUGUGCAUGGUAGUGGGAUUCUUUGGUUCUGAAUUUAAAGAAUCCCCCCGCAUGCUGGCACCCGAAAGAACACUAGUUCUGCCUUGCUGGCAUUUGGGUCACCAAACAAUGUACUCUUUCCUCUUUUCUUUUGCGCUUAAAACAUAACAGAAGCCUUGGAGGCCUUCAGCUUAGGGCCUCAGUCCAUCAGCCAGUUACUCAGAUAUUGGGCCUGGUGUCUUUUGUGUAUCCUGUCUGCUCAUUCUGUAGUAAUAGAUUCUUUCUUUGGCUGACUGCUGUACUUGUGGAUCCUGUGUGUGUAUGUUUGUGUCUGCCUGUCUCUUUGGAGAGCCUUUGAUGGGUAGCUAUAAAAUAGUCAGAAAUAGGAUGGUUCCACGUUGCUAUGAGCAUCUGAAUAAGGGUGAGUCUGACAUUUCAAAUUGAUGCCUUUGCUAUAUUCUGUCCCGUCCCCCCCCCCCCGGAAACGGGCAUCUAUUUCCUGCCUUUCUGCUUGCCAUUAUGGGGCAAAAUUGGGGAAGAACAAACCGGAAAGCGUUCCAGUGGAGGAAAUCUUUUCUCUCCGCUUAAAUCUUUUGUAUAAAACUGGGAACUCGGCCGUGGAAUGGCAACCGCCCCUUUUUGUCUUGGCCCAGUGGCUUUAAGCAGAUGUAAAAAAAAAAAAAUUGUAAGCAGUUUCAAAGCCAUGGGAAGCGGGAAGGGGAUUUAAAAAAAGAAAAGAUCAAAACAGAAAUGGGAGAAGGAGGGCGAUUUGAGUCAUGGCUCAGUGGUAGAGCAUCUGCUUGGCGUGCAGAAGGUCCCAGGUUCAAUUCCUGGCAUCCCCAGUUAAAGGCUCAGGCAGUAGGUUGUUGAGAACUCCACCUUUCCAGUCAGUGCUGACCUUGAUGGACCAAUGGUCUGAUUCAGUAUAAGACAGUUUCAUGUAUUCAAUAUUGUAUACACUUGAAUCUUGACAAGUGUGAUUUGCAUUGUGUUGGAUUCACUGGCUAGCACAUGGAAUGGUACCAAUUCCAGAGGGAGUACGUGUGUUCAGCCUGUUUUAGGAAAGCAAAGCCCCCCAGCAGAGUGAGGUCUUUUGGUGCCUCGAAGACUACCAGGCGUAUUUUGGUCUGUGGCCCACAAGAGCUGGAUAAGGUGGUUAUAAGCCAUGAAGGUUUAUGACUUCUGUUAAGGUUCCUUGACUCUCCCACCCCUUGUCGUAGUUCGGUCCAAGCAUUUGUUAGAAUUUGUGUUUUGCCAAUAAUUGCCGAUACGCUUAGUGUUAAGAGAGGAAGCUUCUGAAUACUGAAGCCAAGUUUAUAAACAGACAGUUGUCUGGCUCGAGGCAAUAGAACAAUGGGUGGUUCUUAAACCAACAAGCGUGUUACUGAGUGACUGGCGUAGGUCAGUGGUUGUGGACCAGUCACGUUUUCUUUGUGGGCUUAUUUUACAAGUCCAGAAAUACCUGGGCAAGAUCCCCUGACUUGACCACAACUUUGGGCUGGCUGAUAGUCUGUGACCUCCCAUGGUAUGCUGUCAAGGUUGAUAGUGUUGCUUUUAUGCUCCUGGGCAAAUUUGGGGAUGAGGGUGGAUGGGAAUAGAAACAAAGAGGUAUUGCAGUAAAUGGAAAGGAGGUUUGUGUUGGGGAGCAGGUGAGUACGCAUACCUGCUUGUUAUGGAGAAAUAGAAGAGGGGAGAAUUGGGAAUGAACACCCUUUUAAUGCCGUUAAUGUAAUUUUCAUUGAUUUUUUAAAAAAAUAAGUGUUUUCUUUUUGAAUUCCAUUUGUCCCGCUUUCAGCUUUUUCAUACUGGUCCUUGGCAUCUAGAGGUGGUAGAAAGCUAGAUUUGGAACGUUUCUCACACACACCCUUGCUGCUGCUGCCGUCAUUGGUUUGUUAUUAAACUGGAGAGGCAGCUAGGGAGACUUAAAUUUACCGUCAGUGGCAGAAUGAAAGAGAGAUGUUUGAAGCAUGCGCGCUUAAAAGGAGAGGGGCUGGGCAGAAUUGUCAGAGGUCAUCUGGAGAGAACUGCAGCUGGCCAAGGACCGCCCCAGUCUGCCAGGAUCUCCAUCACUUGCCACUGUUGAGAGAGACGAGGCCAGGGAGGGAGGAAUGCUGUCCAGACUUCGCACUCCUGCCCUUUACCACACUCUCACCCCUUGUGCAUUUGCGCUAAGCUGCAAGUGCUCUCUAGUCUGGUUUCAGUGGAACACAUCAUCUCUGUGAUUAAGGGUGUAUGUGUGUGUGUGUGAGCAGUGCAUCCUUCUAGUGCAGUCACAAAUGUUUGCUUUCCUUGCAUUCACUGUUUAAUAGUGUUAAGCCCAAAUGUCACGGGGUAACCCAUCCGUUUUAGACUGCCAUUUAUGUGCAAAUUUGAUAGAGAGGUUUGGCCCCGGGAUUUGUCCUUCUCAGGUGCAUUGUGAGGUUAAAGAAUGAGGCCAGUGCGGUAGUCCUCAUGACUUACAGAUAUUCUUGCCAGUACAUGGGCAAGGCCUGGGGUGAUCUUGGAGCCAGAGGGGUUAGCAGACUAGGAUUUCCAGGGGGUUUGCAUGUCAUAUAUGCAGCCUCCUUCUCUUUUACAGUGCAAA